UCGCGACAAAGAAAGAGGGCAAGAUGUUCAGGGCCGGCGAGGGCAUGUACGACAUGACCCUCAUGGACGAGGUGACCGAGGACACCUUUAUGGAGAAUCUCAAGACCCGCUUUUCCAAGGGCAUUAUCUACACGAACAUCGGCGAGCAGAUCGUGUCGGUGAACCCGUUCCAGUCGGUGGCGGAGCCGGAGAUGGCGGACUUUGUCAACCAGUUCCAGUACGAGGUUCAGCCGCACAUCUACGCACUGGCGGACGACACGUACCGGGCUCUUUUGUCGGAGAAGAGCGACCAGUGCGUGAUCAUCACGGGUGAGUCGGGGGCGGGUAAGACAGUGUCGUCGAAGAUCUUUAUGAAGUACGUGGCGUAUGUGUCGUCGUCACGGGUGGGUGCGUCGAUGGCAGACGCGGCGGCGUCGUCUGCGGCGGCAGCCGAGACGGAGCGGAUCAAGAACCGGCUGUUGGAGUCGAACCCUGUGCUGGAGGCGUUUGGCAACGCCAAGACGCUGCGCAACGACAACUCGUCGCGGUUUGGCAAGUACAUGGAGCUGCAGUUUAACUUUGCGGGCGCGCCCGUGGGUGGGCGGAUCUCGCAGUAUCUGCUGGAAAAGUCGCGGGUGGUGACGCGUGCCGAGGGCGAGCGAUCGUUCCACGUCUUCUACCAGAUGCUGUCGCAGCCGAUUCUGAUGUCGCAGCUGGGACUGACGCCGGAUCCGGCGGCGUACAAGUACCUUGCGAUUUCUGGGUGCUACGAGGUGUCAUCGAUUCGCGAUGUGGAGGAUUUUCUGGAGGUGCAGCAAGCGGUCAAGGUGCUCGGGUGGAACGACGACGACCUGGAGGAAGUGUUCAAGGUGCUGGGCGCCAUUUUGCUGCUCGGCAACGUGGAGUUUGUGGACGACGCGGACAAGUCUGCGGAGCACAAGACCGAGUGCGUUUCUGUGGCCAACCAGGAGGUGGUGCUGCAGGUUGCGGAUCUUCUUGCGGUCGAUGCUGACUUUCUGAUGGGCUCAUUGAUGUCGCGGUCGAUUUCGACAGGCGUCGGGCGUCGGGCGUCGCAGAUCACGGUGCAGCUGGACGGUGCGGGGGCGGCGGACACGCGCGACGCGCUGGCCAAGUUCCUCUACUCGCGGCUGUUUGACUGGGUGGUGGCGCGAAUCAACUCUGAGCUCGAGCCGGCGCGCGGAGCGUACUCGGAGGCGGUCAUCGGGAUUCUGGACAUCUACGGGUUUGAGAUUUUCGAGGACAACUCGUUUGAGCAGUUCUGCAUCAACUACUGUAACGAGAAGCUGCAGCAGUACUUUAUCCUCAACGUGCUUCAGUCUGAGCAGGAGGAGUACGCGCGCGAGGGCAUCACGUGGACGCCGAUCGACUACUUUGACAACUCGCCGAUUAUUUCGCUGAUCGAAGGUGCGUCGGCGCGGUCAGCAUCGAUCAUUGCGCUGCUCGACGAGGCGUGCCUGGUGGGCAACACGACGACGGGGCAGCUUGUGGAGAAGUUUGCUAACGGGCUCAGCUCGUCGGCGCACUUUGAGGCUGCGGCCAACGGGGCGGACCGUAGCCUGACGGCGGAGCAGUUCCGGAUUAAGCACUACGCCGGCGACGUGGUCUACUCUGCGGAGCUGUUCCAGGACAAGAACCGUGACGCGCUGUACCCAGACCUUGUCAACACGAUGCACACGUCGAGCUCGGCCCUUGUGCAGGAGCUGUUCAAGGGCGACAAGGCGCUGGCGCAGUCGAAGCGGCGGCCGGUGACUGCAGCGACGCAGUUCAAGAAGGCUGUGUGCGAGCUCAUUGCGACGCUGCAGGCGUGCUCGCCGCACUACAUUCGGUGCAUCAAGUCGAACGACGCCAAGCGCGGGCUGCACCUCGACGAGGAGCGGGUGCGGCACCAGGUGGUGUACCUCAACCUGGUGGAGGCGGUGCGGGUGCGAAAGGCCGGGUUCUGCAACCGGCAGCACUACACGCGGUUCAUGUGGCGGUACAAGAUGCUGACCGACGCGACGUGGCCGAUCUGGCGCGGGUCGGACCGCGACGGGGUGGAGACUAUUCUCAACGGGCUCGGGUGGCGCGGUCCGAGUACGAGCUCGGGACGACCAAGCUGUUCAUCAAGAACGCAUCGACGUUUAUGCUCGUGGAGCGGAUGCGGAAGGAGCGGCUGCCGAUUGUGGCGGUCAUGAUCCAGAAGAUCUGGCGCGGAUACAAGACGCGGGUGUGGUUCAAGGAGCACAAGGCGAUGAUGCUCGAGCGGCGCGACCGGAUGCACGCGGUGGCGCGGAUUGCGCGCAACUGGCGGCGGUACAAGCUCAAGUCUGAGAUGGGCAAGCUGGUGGACGCGUUUGCGAGUGUGGAGAACGAUCCCGACUUUGGCAAGUUCACGGUCUGGCCGCGGCUGCAUCGGUGGCUCGACGCAGUGGUGGCGCUUGCGCGCAAGGUGUGGAAGUACUGGUGGGCACGGUGCAAGGUGUCGACGCUGAGCGAGGAGGAACAGCUGCUGAUGCGGCAGAAGAUUGUGGCGAUGGACCUGUUCUCGGGCAACAAGCCGUGGGACUGCGCGCGGCGGUACAAGGCCGACUACCUCAACGACCCGGCGACGUAUCCCAAGGUCGCCGAGUACCGCAUGGCGGUCGAGCAGCUGCUGACCGGCGGGAGCGACUCGCAGAUCCUCUUCUCGGACGUGGUCAACAAGAUCAACCCCAAGGCCAAGGCGCAGCAGCGGGUCAUUGUCGUCACCGAGCGCAACAUCCUCAAGUACGACCCGGCCAAGCUGGUGGUCAAGAAGGAGCCGAUCCCUAUUGUGCAGGCCGCGGCCAUUGCCGUCUCGCCGAACAGCGACUCGUACGUUGUCAUCAACAUGAAGUCGCCGCUCCGCGACCUUGUCAUCGACGUCGGCCUCGGCGGCGAGGAGCGGGUCUCGGAGCUCGUCACCGUCCUCUACGAGGCGUACCUGCGGCUGACCGGCUCGGAACUCCCGGUCCGGUUCGAGACCUCGAUCACGUUCAACAACUCGCGGGUCUCGGCCGAGACCUCGGCCGGCGCGCUUGAGCUCAAGAAGCCCGGCGUCGACGCGGUCAUCACCUUUGCCAAGGAGGGCGGCGAGCACCCCAAGUUCCCGCCCACUGGCUGUCUGUGGAUCAAGGGCAAGCAGAACCAGCACGUUGUUUUCUACAAGUGAACGAGUUUAUGCCUCGAUGGAGGCUAGGUAGCC